GUGGGCACAGGUGGGUGGCACUGGUGGGCACAGGUGGGUGGCACUGGUGGGCACAGGUGGGUGGGCACAGGUGGGUGGCACUGCUGGGCACAGGUAGGUGGCACUUCUGGGCACAGGUGGGUGCACUGCUGGGCACAGGUGGGUGCACUGCUGGGCACAGGUGGGUGGAACUUGUGGGUGGCACUGCUGGGCACCGAUCAUCAGGGCACUGAUCAUCAGUGGCCCUGAUGAUCAGUGCCGAUCCUCGCUCUGACAACUGCCGGUUCUCGGCAGUACUUUCCUCACGAUCUGACAGCGUGAGGAAAGUGCAGCCGAGAAUCGGCACUUGCAU